AUGGUAUCAGAGGAAACGAAAUACGAUGAUAUUUGUUUAUCACCUGAAUGCAUUCACAAAGCCUCUGAAGUAAUAAAAAACAUGAAUCCUAAUGUGCACCCUUGUGAUGACUUUUACAAAUUCGCCUGUGGUGGCUUUCUCGAAUCCAGGAUUAUUCCUGACGACAAAACUAGUGUGUCUACGGACUCUGUUAUCGAUGAUGAUCUGAGAGAACAACUACGGCUAAGUAUCGAACAGCAGAGUCCUCCAAACGAAUUGAAACCAUUUAGACUUGUCAAGGAUCUCUACAAGGCCUGCAUGAACAAAACCGCUAUCGAGCAAAGAGGAUUGACGCCAUUAUUGAACAGCCUAAAGAAACUCGGUGGCUGGCCCGUUUUGAACGGUAAAAGAUGGAACGAGGGCAACUUCACUUGGAAAGAUUCCGUUUAUAGAUUCCGCAGAUUAGGCUGUCCCAUUAAAUACUUCAUCAGUUUCAGUGUUUAUAUCGACUGGAAAAAUAAUUCGAGACGUUUAAUCACCCUCGGUCAAGCAUCGCUCGGUCUUUCGCGCGAAUAUCUGUUGAAAGGUUUCAACGAGAAAAUAGUACAGGCAUAUUACGAGUACAUGGUGGACAUCGCUGUUAUUCUCGGGGCUAAUCCGGACCGAGCUCGCACUGAAUUAAAAGAAUCACUUGAAUUUGAAAUUAAGCUUGCAAAUAUCUCCCUGCCCAAAGAGAAACGACGCAACAUGACUCUCCUCUACAAUCCUAUGUCUGUGAAUGAAUUGUAUACGUCCUAUCCUAGUAUACCGUGGUGGGAAUACCUUAACACCAUCAUGGAACCGCAA